ACAACAAUUCAGGACGAUAGCAAUAAUAUUCUAAAUCGGAUAAUAAAAUCUUGGUUUUUCAGCUUAAACAUUAGUCCUUCACGUAUAGCAUUUCGGGUUCGUACGAACGCUCCAACAAAAUAUAUUGUAACGCCAGCAACGGGUUUUUUGAUAUUGAACGAAAGUGUAAACGUCAAUGUAACGAAUGUUGAUAUGAAGAGGUAUCGCACGAAACAUCGCUUCAUAGUUCAAGCAAUGAAGGCUAAAGAAACUGACAAAGACCGCAGGAAGAUCUGGGAUGAUUCGAGAGCUGAAGACUUGGAUGUUGUUCAAUGCAUACGAAUUACUACGUUGUAA